GCCUCAUGGCAGAAGCUAAUCCCAGACAGCAACACCACACCACGAGUCUCUCCCUGCCACAGGCUUCAGGAGUUCUCUGUCUGACCCUGAAGCCCCCCGACACCUCCCUGGUCCUCAUGGGGAGCUGUCCCAGGUGCACAAAAAGGCACUCACCCUCCUGGUCUGGCCUGGAGGUCGAGGCCCUCCUGGAGCUGUGGGGACAGGAGGAGGCCCAGCAAGAUCCCAGGGCCAGGAGGAGGAAUGCAGACAUUUAUAACUGGAUGGAGCAGAUCUUGGACAACAGCAAGCACCCACUCUGGACCUUUGAACAGAUCCAGUGUAAGGUCAAGGAGCUGUGGCUGUCCUAUGUCUAUGUCAGUGGCCCCUCGGAGGCAGGACCCCACACCUGCGCCUACUACACACAGCUACACUGCAUCCUAGGGGAUGAGGAAGAUGAUGCUUCAUCCCCCAUUGUGGAGACUGGCCUGUGGACCCCUGUUGUCGUCCAGAUGGAGCAGGAGCAAGAGGGUGAGGGCCAGCCGGCCAGGCAAGCUGAGGAGGAGACCAGUCCCACUGUGCCCCUGCCCCUGGAGCUGGUGGCUGCCAGUCAGGAUGUCUCCCAGGCUGCCUCGGAUGCUGGGGACAAAUCUUCUGCCGGACCAGUCUGGAGUGAGGGGCCAGCCAGUCCACCGCUACAAGCUGCCACAGGCCAGGGAACACACAGGUGUGCCAGGAUCCAGGCGGCGGCAUGUGAUGGCCAUCAAGUGCAUGGAGCAGAUUCUGGCAGAGAAGGUUUGCACCAACCAUUAAUGGCGCCAACAUGCCUUGGGCCAGUUCAUGGAGUGGUGCGAUCACUUUGGUGACCUCAUAGCCAGCAUGGUGGCCCAUAUGGCACGUGCUGCUUCCCGUGACUCCCACCCUCCUGUCCUCCUACCAUGCCCAUGCCCCCUCCUUCUGCCCCCUGCCAACCCUGACCCUGCUUCUGCCCUCCAUCCUCACCACCUCCCUAUGCUCCCCGCACCCACCCAGCCACAAGGCUGACAAGGCCCCUGAACGUGAGGUGGCACAGGAGCCCCCUCUGGAAACAUAAGUCCUCCUUCCAAUUUAGA